UCAUCAACAGCCACAGGCAUUGCUAUCAAACGUGGCGGUAAGGUGGAGUUGUAAAGUUUAAACCUUUGAUAAAUUCUCGGUGACUCCGAGUUUGUCUCGCAUGUGGAUUUGAAUACUGAAGAAGAAACAAUGUCUGUGGAAAGAUCUUUGGAAGCUUGGGAAGAGGUUCAAAGACAUGGACAUGACCUAGCUGAUAGACUUGCUCAGGGCUUUAACGGUUUGAUUCAUAUCAACCCACCUUCGUUUCCAUCGAAGCUAUUCAUCGACCAACCUAUCAAUGGCGUUUCGGCGAUUGUUGAUAUUGGGAACAAGAUUGGUCAAGCUGGUGUUGAUUUUGGCGCUGGAUUAAAUGUCAUGGUUCAUCAAUUUUUCAGAAGGUUGCCUAUACCGUUUUGGCACGAUGGGACUGUUUCUACUGAGAGGGAGACUAUUACGAGGAGCCAUGGGGCGUAUGUAGACACAAAAGAGAACUCAGGGCUUUCUAAGACUGAUACUGCUUCUUCUGUUACUGUGUUGGAGGAGAAAGUUACAGACUUUGAUUUAAGUACUAUUGGAUUACAUAAGAGACCAAAGGGAAUAGUUGAGCUAUCGUCAAGUUAUGAAAGUAGAACAAGUGGUAUGGAACAUUCAUUAGCAGCCAGGGGAGAUCUUUGGAGAGUAGAAGCUUCUACUUCAAAUUCCGCUGCGAGAGAUGAUAGCUCGUCUCUCUUUCUACUUCAGCUCGGACCUUUGUUAUUUCUGCGCGAUUCAACUCUUCUGUUACCUGUUCAUUUAUCAAAGCAACACUUGCUUUGGUACGGAUAUGAUAGAAAGAAAGGUAAGCAUUCACUGUGUCCAGCUUUGUGGUCAAAGCAUCGAAGAUGGCUUAUGAUGUCCAUGCUCUGCCUCAAUCCUUUAGAUUGCUCAUUUAUAGACUUGCAAUUCCCAAAUGGACAGUUAACAUAUGUAUCUGGUGAGGGACUGACGACAAGUGUCUUUGUUCCUUUAUGCGGUGGUCUUCUUCAAGCGCAAGGUCAAUAUCCAGGAGAUAUGAGAUUUAGUUUCUCCUGCAAGAGUAAAAAGGGAACACGAAUCACACCAAUGGUAAAUUGGCCUGACAAAUCAUUUGCAUUGGGUGUUUCUCAAGCCUUGGCUUGGCGUAGGUCUGGUCUCAUGUUGAAACCUGCAAUUCAACUUAGCAUGUGCUCAACAUUUGGUGGAAGCAAUCCCGGGGUGAGAACCGAAGUUAUUCACUCGUUGAACGAUAAUAUCAAUAUGAUAUGUGGCUGCGCAUUCACAGCUCAUCCUUCAACAUUUGCAUCUGUUUCCUUUGGUCGGUCAAAGUGGAAUGGGAACAUUGGACGAACCGGAAUAGUUGUUAGAGCUGAUACUCCUCUUCCAAACGUUGCCCGACCAUUUUUCUCCAUUCAGAUUAACAAUGCUUUCGAGUUCUAAAAAUAUGUAAGGGCUAAGUUUUUGGUUUGUGUAGUCUCGUCAAAAAGACUAAAUUGUAUAUAGUAAAUCACACUCAUCAAUCCCACAGAGAAAUUUCACAGCGUAAUAACAAAACCUGAAAAGAAAUCUUAUUUUGUACAGUAAAUCAAGCAAGAAAAAAAA